AAGCCCUGUGAGUGUUCUUUGCCCUGGCUAAUUUCCAUCCAGGGCUCUUAGCAUCCUUUGAUUGUUGUAUUAUGAUUUUUAACCUAUUAGUUGUUUGGGACCUCAGACUUUCUUUGUCACAUAGUCCUUCGUGUUUCACAUUUUCUGUGGUUGUGAGGUCCUCACACAAGGGAGCAUAUACUGAGGUGGUCAAGAGGAGGACGCUGGAGUUACACCAUCCAGAUAAGCAUCUAGGUGUGCAUCUCAUCCCUGUCACACCAACCGGGUGACCGCGAGCAGACAUUUCUCCUCACAAACCUCCAGUGUCCUUAGGAUUACAAUUAUGAGACUGGGUGUGACCAUCGCAGGAGGCACAUGGCAGAGGGUGGAGCCUGUGGCUGGCCUUGCCAAGCAAUAGCUGUUAAUUAUUAGCAGACACAGGAAAGACAGGCAAGAGCCACGGGACACUGCUUUUAUUCCUGAGAUCUUUUAUAUGACCUUUAGCAAAAAUGCUAAUAAAUCUGAAUGACAGCACAGAGGCCCCAUGCUCUGUGUCCCUGUAGUUAAAAGGUUGCAUAGAGAAUGAAACCACCACGCCAGGAAGGAUUCAUCAGCAAACACUGCCCCUAUACGCACUCCUCCGUCUGCUUCCUCCUUACCCUCUCGGUCACCCGUAACUGCCUCCCCUCAGUAGGCCUGCAGCGCCCUGGUCUCCGUCAGGUUUGCCUUUCAGUCACCAGUAACCAGUCAGACUUGUUAUUUGAAAAGUGUGUGUGUGUAUCUGUAUGUGUGUAUGUGUGUGCAUAUGUGUAUAUGUGUGUAUGUGUGUGUAUGUGUGUAUAUGUGUGUAUGUGUAUGUGUGUGUGUAUGUGUGUAUAUAUGUGUGUAUGUGUGUAUAUGUGUGUAUGUGUGUGCAUGUGUGUAUGUGUGUAUAUGUGUGUGUAUGUGUGUAUAUGUGUGUGUAUUUUUGUGUAUAUAUGUGUAUAUGUGUGUGUGUAUGUGUGUGUGUGUGUGUGCAUGUGUGUGGUUUUUUUUCUUUUUAGAUCAAGUCCCUUUAGUUUUAUCGGCAUCCCAUUGCCACAGAACACAUCUUCCUUGAGAAUGUUUUGAAAAUUUUUACCAAGAAAAUCGUUUGUGAAAAUAUAGGUUGUUUUAGAAGCUGCACAUGAAUGUGAAUUAGACUGAGUCUUCAGAAAUACUGCUGUUGGAAAACAUGUUAAUAUCUUAAAAGUACUUCCUCGGAAAAGGUUACUUGCUUCGUUUUCUUCCCCACAACUCUUAAAAGCAGAUGAGAGCUGGUGCUCACAGAGAAGACUGCUAUGCAUCCUGCAUCCAGAUGGUAUGCUUUCUGUCGGCCUCUUGUCAGACUGAGCUUGAGGGGAUGGUCCUGUGGGGUCCCCUGCCUUCUUGGGUGAUAUCAACCCAGCCAGCCUGGGUUUGCCAGGACUAGAGGACGCUUCUGGUAGGCUACAGCCCCAGGCUUCCCUGAAGCCUUGCCACCCCUCUUUUUUCCUUCACAUGCCAAGAAUCCUUGCUUGUCUCCUCAUCCCCUGGAUCUGCUCCUUGGGGAUGAGACCAUGGCUUUUCUGUUUUCCCAGGAGCAAACACAAAGGUUAUGGGACAAAUGAAGUGCAGGGGAAAAUCAGACCUCUGGUUCUGCCUCAGCACCAAGGAAAUCACUGAGUUGCACUUGAGUGUGUGGAUGGAAAUAUCAGGGCUACCUUUUUUCUUUCCCAAAGCGUAUCCUGUGGAAUGUAUGUUCACUUGGAAACCUGAGCUAUCUGGUCUUGAGUGAGCUCCAUGCUCCUGGCCUGGGUUCUGGAGAACCAAAUGGAGGUGGCUGGAAGCCAAGGCAAAGCCCCUGCAGAGAGGCCCACUCCCAGGAGGCUUGUAGGGGCUCAGCCACACUAGGGAGAAAAACCCCCUCCUCCUCCACAGCCCUGGGUAGGCCCUCCCUGUGUCUCCCUCUCUUCCUGUUCCCUCCUGCACAGCAGCAGCCUGGCAGUAUGUGCUCCCUUAUCCUCAGCAUCACCAGCCAGGAAACUCUCAUCUCAGAACUUGGUUUUGGGGCUUCCUCUUCCAAGCCCUGAUGCUGAGCCGUGGACAGAGACACAGAUCCAUGAGAUGGCAUAAGUAUAAAUUUACAAAAGGCUUGAGCACACUCCCUCAGGGCAGUUCUUAAAUCUCCUGGGGUUUACUAUCCACACAGACGUUGUGCCCCAUAAGUGUGUGCAGGUGGGUCAGCCAGUCAGGAUAAAGCCAGGAGCCCAGUGUCUAUUAGCAUCCGUGGUCAGCGCUUUGCCGAAUUCCCUGUGUACCUCGUGCUUACUCCCAGAGCAUGCAAAAGUUUGAUUCUCAGGCAAAAUCAUCUGUUACCCUGUUCCAAAGCUUUAUUUAAUUCAUUAAGAAGGGAACCAGCAAAAAGACAAAUAAUCUGCCUCCACAAGCAUUUGGUGACUGGGAUUUAUAAAGUCAAUUGGGAAAAAAAUGAAGAAAAGAGAUGCUAAGUUAAGGCAAAACUCUACAAAGCAAUUUUUUAAAAUGCCAAAUUUGGAGUUAGCUUGUUUACUAGGCAGUAAAAGUCAUAAGCUAUCAACUCUGCGUGCUAACUUCACAGGACUAUAAACCCUCUUUAACCAAUUGUGAAUGAUUAGAUAAACAUUUGUGACACUGCUCAAGAGCUUCAGAAUGAGAUCAGUCAGACUUAUUAGCAUUCUAGAAGAAUAUCACAGAUUCCAGAAAUCAUUUUUCCCUUUUUCAAGUUUAGACUCAGUGUUUCCAUAACAAUCAGCUAAAAUAUGGUGACUGACAAGUUGAGAGUGGUCACGUAGCACAGUGUGAAGGUACCGCAUUUUCGCCUACACAAUGCACUUGAACUCUGGUGUAGACACUGCAAGGGCCUGUGUAGGAGCUUCUUACACAGCUCCCAACCAUUCCUGCCUCCUGACAUCACAUCCUUAUGCUGUCCCCUGCCCUUGGGUGUGGGUUGGACAUAGUGACUUGCUGUUAAUAAACAAGUACAGCAGAAGUGACAGGUGUCAUUUCCAAGACCUUGGAAACAUGGUAACUUCUGUCUUGCUCAGGCUCUCUCUGACUCUUCUAUGAGGUUGCUCUGAUGAAACAACUCUGAUUUUAUGAUCUCACCUAUGGAAAGGCCCACAUGGCAAGGAACUGAGGUUCUUAGUUUAAUAGCCAUCAAAAACAAUUCUGCAAACAAUCACAUGAGCAAGCCUGGAAGCAAAUGCUUCCUCAUUUGAGUCUUCAGAUGAGACUACAGGCUCAACUCACAUUUUGGUUGAAGCCUUGUGAGAGACCUUGAGCUAAACUGCACUCUGAUUCCUGCCUCACAGAAAUGGUGGCAGUGACAAAAGAAGACACUCUCCUGUCCGAGGCCCCAGUGCAUGGAGAGAAGGAAGAAAUUGAUUUCCUAAUUGGUACCAUAUACAUCAGAUGGAUGGUUUCUAGUGUGCUUCCAAACCCCACCUCGGCCGAGUGUUGGGCAGCACUUCUACAUGAUCCUAUGACUCUUGAUAUGGACGCAGUCCUGUCAGACUUUGUUCGGUCCACGGGGGCAGAACCUGGUCUGGCCAGAGACCUGCUGGAAGGCAAAAACUGGGACUUGACAGCCGCUCUGAGCGACUAUGAGCAGCUCCGCCAGGUGCACACAGCCAAUCUGCCGCAUGUGUUCAACGAAGGGAGGGGUCCCAAGCAGCCAGAGCGAGAGCCACAGCCUGGACACAAGGUGGAGCGGCCCUGCCUGCAGAGGCAGGACGACAUUGCCCAAGAAAAGCGACUUUCCCGGGGGAUUUCCCACGCCAGCUCAGCCAUCGUCUCCCUGGCCCGGUCCCACGUGGCGAGUGAAUGCAACAACGAGCAGUUCCCCCUGGAGAUGCCAAUCUACACAUUCCAGUUGCCGGACCUGAGCGUGUACAGUGAGGAUUUCAGGAGCUUCAUCGAGCGGGACUUGAUCGAGCAGGCAACAAUGGUGGCUUUGGAGCAGGCUGGUCGCCUGAACUGGUGGUCCACUGUGUGCACGAGCUGUAAACGGCUUCUUCCUCUGGCCACGACAGGGGAUGGGAACUGCCUUUUACAUGCCGCCUCACUGGGAAUGUGGGGGUUUCAUGACCGGGACCUGGUGUUACGGAAAGCUCUCUACACCAUGAUGAGGACGGGAGCUGAGAGGGAAGCCCUGAAGCGGAGGUGGAGGUGGCAGCAGACGCAGCAGAAUAAGGAGUCAGGGCUGGUGUACACGGAGGAGGAAUGGGAGCGGGAGUGGACGGAGCUGCUGAAGCUGGCCUCCAGCGAGCCGCGCACGCACUUCAGCAAGAACGGCGGCACGGGAGGGGGUGUGGACAACUCUGAGGACCCCGUGUAUGAGAGCCUGGAAGAGUUCCACGUGUUUGUCCUAGCCCAUAUAUUAAGAAGACCCAUUGUUGUUGUGGCAGAUACAAUGUUAAGAGACUCAGGUGGAGAAGCAUUCGCACCCAUCCCAUUCGGAGGGAUCUACCUGCCCUUGGAGGUCCCUCCCAACAGAUGUCACUGCUCGCCUCUGGUUCUGGCCUAUGAUCAAGCGCAUUUCUCUGCCCUUGUGUCCAUGGAACAGAGAGACCAGCAAAGAGAACAAGCCGUGAUCCCCCUGACGGAUUCUGAGCACAAGCUGCUGCCUCUGCACUUUGCAGUGGACCCUGGCAAGGACUGGGAGUGGGGGAAAGACGACAACGAUAACGCCCGGCUGGCCCACUUUAUCCUCUCGCUAGAAGCCAAGCUGAACCUUCUGCACAGCUACAUGAAUGUGACUUGGAUCCGGAUCCCCUCCGAGACACGGGCGCCCCUGGCACAGCCGGAGUCUCCCACGGCCUCGGCAGGGGAGGAUGUGCAGUCCCUGGCCGACUCGCUGGACUCGGACCGCGACUCGGUGUGCAGCAAUUCCAACAGCAAUAAUGGCAAGAACGGCAAGGACAAGGACAAGGAGAAGCAGCGCAAGGAGAAGGACAAGACGCGCGCGGACUCCGUGGCCAACAAGCUGGGCAGCUUCAGCAAGACGCUGGGCAUCAAGCUGAAGAAAAACAUGGGCGGCCUCGGCGGCCUGGUGCAUGGCAAGAUGGGCCGCGCCAACUCCGCCAACGGCAAGAACGGGGACGCGGCCGAGCGCGGCAAGGAGAAGAAGGCCAAGUCGCGCAAGGGCAGCAAGGAGGAGUCGGGCGCGUCGGCCAGCUCCCCGCCGUCGGAGAAGACCACGCCGUCGCCCACGGACAAGGCGGGCACGUCGCCGGCGGAGAAGGGCGGCGGACCGCGGGGCGACGCCUGGAAGUACAGCACGGACGUGAAGCUGAGCCUCAACAUCCUGCGCGCCGCCAUGCAGGGCGAGCGCAAGUUCAUCUUCGCGGGCCUGCUGCUCACCAGCCACCGGCACCAGUUCCACGAGGAGAUGAUCGGCUACUACCUGACCAGCGCGCAGGAGCGCUUCAGCGCCGAGCAGGAGCAGCGGCGCCGGGACGCCGCCGCCGUCGCCGCCUCCACCGCCAAGCGGCCGCCGCGCAGACCCGAGGCGGAGGGAGCGCCGGGCCCGGAGCGCGCGUCCCCGGGCCCGCCCACGCAGCUGGUGCUCAAGCUCAAGGAGCGGCCGAGCCCCGGGCCCGCGGCGGGGCGGGCGGCGCGGGCGGCGGCGGGCGGCACGGCCUCCCCAGGAGGCGGCGUGCGGCGCGCGGGCAACGGCGGACCCGUGCCCGGCCGCAGCCCCCCGGCGCCUGCGCGCCAGAGCGUCAUCCACGUGCAGGCGGCGGGCGCGCGGGACGAGGCGUGCGCGCCGGCCGUGGGGGCGCUGCGGCCGUGCGCCACGUACCCGCAGCAGAACCGCUCGCUGUCGUCGCAGAGCUACAGCCCGGCGCGCGCCGCCGCCCUGCGCACGGUCAACACGGUCGAGUCGCUGGCGCGCGCGGUGCCCGGGGCCCUACCGGGCGCGGCGGGAGCGGCGGGCGCGGCCGAGCACAAGUCGCAGACCUACACCAACGGCUUCGGCGCCGCGCGCGACGGCCUGGAGUUCGCCGACGCCGACGCGCCGGCGUCGCGAUCGAACGGUGAGUGCGGCCGGGGCAGCCCGGGGCCGGCGCAGCGGCGCUGCCAGCGCGAGAACUGCGCGUUCUACGGACGCGCGGAGACCGAGCACUACUGCUCCUACUGCUACCGCGAGGAGCUGCGGCGGCGGCGCGAGGCGCGCGGGGCCCGGCCGUGAGGGCGCGGCGCGGCGCGGGCGGCGAGGUUCUCCCUUCGAGGAUUUCUUUUCCAUUCUGUCGGUGUCUUUUUUACAUGCCCUGGUCACCGGAAGGCCGGCGCCUCCUCGGUCAGUGCCGUGUACGUGUUUGGUCAAACUCUCCUAAUGGUGCCUGAACCUACACUGACGCCACUCAGGUAGUAGACGGAUAGGAAACAAGUCAUACUGUUGGAAGUGGGUGUGCUAGCCUAGCAUCUGCCUCGUACCUGUGGAAACUCAAUAGCCAUUGCAAGAGUAUUUUUGUUCCUCAAUAAGAGAAAUAAAGAAAUUCGCAGCCCUUUGUUUUUAGAAGGGAGUGUUUUACAUGCUUUUUUUGCCUUUUUUUUUUUCUUUUUUUCCCGACCUAGCGAUGACCUCUUCCAGGUGGCGGUCCCCUGUGCGCGGUUGGUACUACCCAGAGCUUAGAGCGAACGCGCACCCGAGGCUGUGACGGAGGCUCCUCUGCGGGCUCCACCUGCCUCUUGUCCCGGGGCCUGGGAGAGGGCGGGCACCUGGCCCCUGCUGACGCCCUGGUGGUCACGGUGGCCCUUUAGAAACACAUGGCUCCAUUUCCUAAGCAUAAACCUCCUCCCCCGGCCCCGGCUCGAGUACCAUUCACACUGCCAUCCAAGCCGCGGGCGGCCGUAGGAAAGGCACCAGACCACCGGUCUCGCGGGCGCGGUGAGGUACAGCGAUGGCUCCCAGUGCCGGGCAGCUCAGGUGGCAGGAGCUUUCCAAAGACACCUAGGGUCCAAAAAGCAGGGUUCCGACCUCACAGUUUGGAUUUGCCCAUAGGGGACCAGAUAGGACAGCCUGCUCACAUGCCUUCUUUGAAGGCACUUCCACAGUGGACUGUCUACAGGACCCUGGGGGUGACCAUCGGUGCCCCAGGAGACAGGCGAGGCAUUGACCCUUUGGUCGGUCCCUGAGUAAGCCCCCUCUAGGCUGCUGCUCUUUCCAAAAGGAAGGGGCUGGGGGAACCAGGAAGGAAGCCCACCCCCACACUUGCAUCUGUCUGGGUUCAGCCAGGUAAAGGUACUCACUGUGAUCGGGGCCCCUCCACGGGGCAGGACGACCCUGCCUCCGGUUCGUGACACAAUAAGGGAGCAGCCCGAUCCCUGAGCGGUCUCUUUUUUGGUGCCUCCUACAUUUCUUGAGGGGAAAAAAAAAAUGUGUCCUUAGCUACCCUGUUUUGAGCAGCAAUAUGCAGCCUCUUCCUUCCAAGAUUACCUCCAGAGAGCACCGUUCUUGGCCAGGGACACUGAGGAGCUCAGCCUGCCUCACUAAGGAACGACCUUGUUUCCAAGAAAUGAGGAUAAGAUGGGUAAAAUCCUCACUAACAAAAGAAUACUUUAAAACCUGUGAGAGCCUUAGAAUAGACUCUUAAUAAUCUUAGGAAAGGAGCAAGCGCCUGGCUUUGCUGUGAGUUUAUCCUCAGAAAAAGCAGGAGGUCGACCAUCUCUUUACUGGAGCCAGCUUCUCUAGAAAGGAUGCUUUUUUCCCGAAAUAAAGAGCAGCAAAAACAAAACAAAAAAGGGGAGGGGAUUUUUUUACUUGUUUGAAAAAUUAUAAUAAAAUAAUUGAGUAUCUCCUGUGAGUAAUGCCUUUUUGUUUUUAAUUAUUCCACCGCAGGUGGGGUUUUUCAAUAAUUUGUUCAAGUUUUACAUAAGCAGUUCCUUAAAUCAAAAAUUAUUUAUUAAAUAGGAUCUUUAAGAAAUUUUUUGAAAAGUUUUACUUUUCCUGCUGAACAAUAUUCUCAAUGUGUGGUAAUAACUGUACUAACAUCCAUGUCCCUGAUAUUACCAGGGUUUCUUUUAUUCCUCAGCAAACAAAAAAUGGGUUUUAAAAAAAUCUCUCAUGGAGAGGGUUUGUGGCCUCUUUCUGGACUGAUUGUUUGUGUCACGCUGAGCAGCUGCUUUGCCAUCCAAAGCUGUGGGGUCACAGGAGGUGUUUCUUCAGAGGUGGGUGCCAGCCACUCCUCAUGCUCCUCACUCUUAAAAGGUUGAGACCCAAGCUUAAAAAUGCUUCAGUAAUCCAUUCAGAAACCACACUCGGAUGCACAAGACGUCAAGGAGACAUAAAGUCAAUUCUUGGUUUUUUCAUUUCAUUUUUUUUUUUUUUUUUGAGACGGAGUUUCGCUCUUGUUACCCAGGCUGGAGUGCAAUGGCGAGAUCUCGGCUCACCACAACCUCUGCCUCCUGGGUGCACGCAAUUCUCCUGCCUCAGCCUCCUGAGUAGCUGGGAUUACAGGCAUGUGCCACCAUGCCCAGCUAAUUUUUUGUAUUUUUAGUAGAGACGGGGUUUCACCAUGUUGACCAGGAUGGUCUCGAUCUCUUGACCUCGUGAUCCACCCGCCUCGGCCUCCCAGAGUGCUGGGAUUACAGGCAUGAGCCACCGCGCCCGGCCUUUUUUCAUUUCUUAAUGUAAAAACAGCCAAGGAGAAAUUUACAAAACUGGCUAUACAAAUUCACAUAUUUUCUUUCUCAUGCUCUCUGCCGGGUUUAAAAAAAAAAAAAAAACAGAAUAUAAACGGUCCACUGUAAUAGAAGAAAACCUUGCAAAUCGAGCAGAGUACCUAAUUA